UGCGUCUGCGCCGGCCAGUAGCAGCGCAGCGUCCAGGUCCCAGCAGCUCCAUGGGGAGAAAAAAAAAACCGAGAGAGGAUACGAAUAACGGUACGCUCCAAUGUUUAUGGAGCCCGCAUUUAACCGCACCGCAUCUGCGUGUCCUCUUGUGAUGCAUACAUGAAUAAAAAGGUUUGGAAACAGACGCGGUGAACGGCGUUUUGGGGGGCUGACGAAAACAAGCGGUCCACCAUUGUCUGCGUAGAAAUAAGAAUGGCCUGGAUGUGGAAGAGGAAGUCGUUGAUCGCCACCAGUCUGAUCGUGGCGGUGUCGCUCUUCGUGGUCGUGGUGAACUACUCAGAGAAGCCCUACUUCCUCCUGCAGCCAGUGUUCGGUCAGACGUUCAGCAGCCACUGGAUGUUCUCCAAGCAGCCGUACAAGGCCUUCAAGCCUCACCUGGGCUAUGUUAGCAUCCCCAAACAGGAGCCUUUGAAGCUGCACUGUGAGCUCUGCAGCAUCGUGUCCAGCUCUGGCCAAAUGUUGGGCCAGGCUGCCGGCCCGCAGAUCGACCGCUCUCCUUGCAUCUGGCGGAUGAACAACGCGCCCACACGGGGCUUCGAAAAUGACGUGGGCCAGAGAACCACGCUGAGAGUCGUCUCGCACACCAGCGUCCCCCUGCUGCUGCAGAAACCCCAGUACUUCUUCGGCCAGGGCAACGACACUGUCUACGUUGUGUGGGGGCCGCUACGAAACAUGAGGAAGGAUGGGAAGGGCAUCGUGUACAACAUGCUGCGACAGGCGGCUGAGAACUACCCUCAUGCACGAAUCUACGUCACCACAGAGGACAGGAUGAACUACUGCGACAUGGUCUUCAAGAAGGAGACAGGAAAAGACAGGAUCCAGUCCGGCUCCUACCUCAGCACCGGCUGGUUCACGCUCAUCCUCGCCAUGGACAUGUGCAAAGAGAUCCGUAUCUACGGCAUGAUAAAUGACACCUACUGCAAGACGGAGGGUUACAGAAAGGUUCCCUACCAUUACUACGAGGCGGGCAGCCGGGACGAGUGUGCUGAGUAUCUGCUCCAUGAGAGCGCCCCCUACGGCGGGCACCGCUUCAUCACGGAGAAGUCUGUGUUCGCCAAGUGGGCCAAAACUCAUGCCAUCAAAUUCUUCGACCCACCUUGGCAGCUGUCGUGACCCUGGCUGAACCAACAUGGAAAUACUACACCAUUAUCAUCAUCAUCAUCAUCAUCAUCUGGGGACCAGCUGAAUCUCGACACUGACAGAAAGCGUGUUCCCUAAUGUGUGCAAGCAUCCAUUUUUGGCACAAAUUCAACUCUAUAUCCAUUUUUUUUAAAAAAGGUUGGUUGAGGGUUGCUUGUCAAGUUCUGGAUGGUUAAUAUCCAGGAAGUGCUUGGUUUUUUUGGUCACUCAAUCAGACAGACUUCCAUCUAAGGUUCGACCAACCCGGACAGCAAAAAACGUAUCUCCUGCUCCUCGGAAAUUAAGUAUUUUUCUCCUGAAUUUGAGAGCUGAAGAAAAUGCACAGCACUCCGCUCUUCACUGACUAAUCGAUCCAUUCGCUGCUCUGUGAGUGUAGCAAAGGGUGGCUCGAAGACUAACUUUUUUAAAAAGGAAAAAACAACACGAAGAAGAA